AUGGCUUAUUUCAAAUACAAGGAAAUCCUUUUUACUCCACUGGCCCACUCAGUGGAAACACUCAGCUAUGUAGAAAAUGAAUUCCAACUGCUGGAUGAUGAUACCGUGAUCGUAUCUUACCCCAAGUCAGGUACCCAUUGGAUGGUGGAGAUCUUGAGCUUAAUCCGGAGUCACGGGGACCCCUCAUGGGUUCAGAAUAUACCAUUGUGGGACAGGUCACCCUGGAUCGAAGUGGACAGUCACCUGCAGAUUGCCUUGAAAUAUCCUCCCCCCAGGCUCCUGUCUACUCACCUGCCAUUCCAGCUUUUCCCCAAGUCCUUCCUCCACUCCAAGGCCAAGAUAGUCUGUACACUACGUAACCCCAGAGAUGUGAUGGUUUCAACCUACUACUUCAGUAAAGGCUGUAAAGAUUCCAAGGAUCUAGGAACUGUGGAAGAGUUCAUGGAGAGUUUCCUGAGUGGGGAAGUGCCUUAUGGUUCCUGGUUUGACCAUGUGAAAGGCUGGGUGGAGAUAAAGGAGAGAGCCAACAUCUUCUUCAUCACCUAUGAAGAACUGCAGCUGGACCUUCGAGGCAGCGUGCAGAAGAUCUGUCAUUUUCUUGGCAAAGAGCUGAACAGUCAACAAAUUGAGUCUGUGGUGGAAAACGCCUCCUUCCAUAAGAUGAAAGACAACAAGAUGUCCAACUUUUCUUUAAUACCAGAGAGCAUUUUUGACCACACAAAAGCAAAGUUCAUGAGGAAAGGGGUAUCCGGGGACUGGAAGAACCUCCUGACAGUGGCGCAGAGCGAACGCUUUGACGAUGCUUAUCAGGAGAACAUGUGCAGUGUGGAUAGGACAUUCCCAUGGGACUGAAGAACCCCAGAUUGUUGCUCCUGCUGUUCUCCACCCUCACAUUCUUAUGUAUCAGAUAGAUUGGGUAUUUUCUGCUAAAUAAACAGAUACCUGAUAAGGAAUGGUAUAG